CCUCGCACUUCCAAUCUCAAAGACUGAAUAUAGAGAGAAACGCAUUUCAGCCCGCAGGAAUUCUGCGGUCGCCGUCGCCAAAGGGACAAAGAGGCGGCGGCGAUGGAGGAGGGCAUGAGCAGUAUGCAGCAGAAAGCGACCGAGCUGGAGCACAUGGCCGAGGUCCUGCUGACCGGCGAGCAGCUGCGGCUCCGACUGCAUGAAGAGAAAGUCAUCAAAGACCGAAGGCACCACCUCAAGACGUAUCCCAACUGCUUUGUUGCCAAAGAGCUGAUUGACUGGCUGAUUGACCACAAGGAGGCCUCAGAUCGAGAGACUGCAAUUAAACUUGUCCAGAAGUUAUUGGAUCACAGCAUUAUCCAUCAUGUUUGUGAUGAACAUAAGGAAUUCAAGGAUGCCAAACUGUUCUACCGCUUCCGAAAAGACGAUGGGACGUUUCCACUGGAUAAUGAGGUGAAGGUGUUCAUGAGAGGACAAAGACUGUAUGAAAAGUUGAUGAGUUCUGAAAACACUCUUCUGCAAGCCAGGGAAGAGGAAGGGGUCAAGUAUGAGCGAACCUUCGUGGCAUCGGAGUUCAUUGACUGGUUGAUCCAGGAAGGAGAGGCCACAACACGGACUGAAGCUGAGCAGCUUGGCCGCAGGCUUUUGGAGCAUGGGAUUAUACAGCAUGUGUCCAACAAGCACCAUUUUAUGGACAGCAACUUGCUCUACCAGUGCAGGAUGAAUUUCCGCCGGCGGCGGCGGCUGAUGGAGCUGCUCACCGAGAAGUCUCGCCUGGUGCCAGAAAGCCACGACAGCCCCUUUUGCCUGCGCAAGCAGAACCAUGACAACAGAAAACAUACCAGUUUUCUGUCAGUGAGCCCCACCAAGGAGAUAAAGAUCGUGUCGGCAGUGCGGAGGAGCAGCAUGAGCAGCUGUGGCAGCAGUGGGUACUUCAGCAGCAGCCCCACGCUCAGCAGCAGCCCCCCGGUGCUCUGCAACCCCAAGUCUGUAUUAAAGAGACCGGUGACUGCUGAUGAGCUUUUGAUGCCCGGAGCUCCAUACGUCAGAAAAACUUUUACAAUCGUUGGUGAUGCAGUUGGCUGGGGCUUCGUGGUGCGGGGCAGCAAGCCAUGCCACAUUCAGGCUGUGGACCCGAGCGGGCCAGCAGCUGCAGCUGGCAUGAAGGUUUGUCAAUUUGUCGUCUCCGUCAACGGUCUGAACGUUCUCCAUGUGGACUACAGGACAGUGAGCAACCUCAUCCUGACAGGCCCACGAACGAUUGUCAUGGAAGUGAUGGAAGAAGUAGAGUCCUGAGAAGAAUGGAUCUCUUACUGGGACGCUUUUGUGGGAAAACAGCCAAUCAUGAGGCAGCAUGACACACAGAGGCACCACUUUCUGUGUCCAAGUAGAUGAUUUUGCUUUUGGGGAAGGGGGGUUCUCUUUCAUUUAACAAUAAUAGCACUGGUUAUUAUGCUGAGAAGUAAGCAAUAGAUACCAGCGUGUUUUCACUAAGAACUUCUCUUUGCUUGUCAAAGACAAAGGAAAGGCCCUUGGGUUGUCUCUCCAGCCAAGUCUGCAUCCGUCAGAGUGGUUUCCCACCUAAGAGGCCGUGCAGAUUUCCUCACAGUCCACCACUGGAUCAAACACUUCAGGAGAUGAAAGAACCACAUACACUGUGAGCCAGGAUGUCACAGACGGCGUGCGGGACAUAUUGACGUGGGUAAACAUCCUCUGGUCGUGGAGAACUGACUGACUGCUGGCUUUAUUGCCACCGAACACAAAGGAGCUGUGAAACAAAUGUGUUCGUGGUCUGUAGAGGAUACUAUGGGGUGGAUGUUUGGGCCUGAUAGAGCAGAGUGAUUAUUCUAAAAGAAAAAGACAACGCCAUGCAAGUGUGAGAACAUGUGCUGCUUUUACAAAGUAAAGCAAUCUGGCCUUUGAAAAUCAGGCAAUUUGUGUAGAUGCUGAAGCACAGAUGCAGGUACUCAACUACAAAGUGUUGCUUUUUGUUUGUUUUCAUAUACAGAAAGGAAAGGUUUCUCAGUCUCAUUGUUUGUCACUUUGGAGAAUUUUCAGACACCUUUAUUCCUAGAAGAAGAAUAUUUAGUGGGGAGAGGUGGGAAGUUCACAGUGUUAGCAUUAGCAAUGACAUAUCCAGGUGCUCCAUAGAGAAACUUCACUUCAAAUUGAAGCAAUGUACAUGAAUGUACAUUAAGCUCAUUAGCACUUUCAAAUCAUCAAUGUUCUGCAAGCUACAAACUUGCCACAUAAGUUGCAUUUGACACUAUUACUAAUAAAAAAAUAGUAUUUAACUGACUCUUACUCAUUUGUAAAAUGUAGGAUUUCUUUGUUGAUGAUUUUAUGGAACAAAUCUUUAAAAAGAUAAUAAUAUAUAAAAAUUCUAUAUUCUGCUGACCGAGGUGACUUCUUAGCCCUGUGGUGAUUGGACUCCAUGGACAUUCUUUGGUCUUUGAGCUGAAUAUGUACAUCCUUGUCCACACAAUUCUGGGUAUACAUUGCAAUCUUUCUCUGCUGUCUAAAUUUUGCAAUUGAAGCUUGAACUUCUAUGUAAGUAUACCAAAAAUCCUUCAUCUUUGGGAUGGGGAAAGUAUUUUUCCCUCAAUUAAUUUUGAAAUAUGUUUUAUAUUAAAGAUUGUUCUCACUGAA